AUGAGUCUGGGACAGGACACCCAGCAAGUAGCAACGGGGUCGACUAGAAUCGCAGCAAGUGCAGCCAACACUCCAGCACAGGCUGCACCUCGGCGCGAUCUUGCCGACGACGACUCGGAGGCGAACGACGACCGCGGAGUCUUGGCGCACGGCGGUCAAAGUCGACCAGGUCUAGGCUUAGGCGACCCAUCCACGGCAGCUACAUCGCCCUCACCGAUACCGAUCACUCGAUCAUUACGAAGAUCGAGUCGACGCAUACCUUCCGCCACCCACGCGACCCAUCAACGCGACACCUCGACCGCAGCAAGAGCUCAGGACGGACCCCUCGAGUCGUACUCGCCCUCGCGCGAACCACACGCUUCGACGUCCAUCUCGAGCUCGUUCAUCUCGCCGUCCUCGUUCGAGAGCGCGCGACAUCCGUGGCACGAUGCCAAGUACCGCGACACCAUAGAGAGGGCACAGAACAAGGGCGAUCCAUCCAGUUGGGGCGUGCUGCAUGCCGCCAUGGCCACCAGCGGUUAUGGAGGCGGCCCAGCGCCAGCAGGCACAAGUGGGGGGCCACCGGAGCCACCCCUCCCCGCUGCCCGCGAGUCUACCUUGGGCGAGCGAGACCGCACCUCGGCUCGCUCGCAGUCCAACUCAAGGUCAAGAUCGAAAUCGAGCCGUCAGAAUGUCGUCAAGACGGCGAGCCAGAGCAGUCUCGUCUGGCUCAGCAGUGCAUUCAGUCGGCACGACACUUCAUUGUCGAGCGCAGCCGAGAGGGACGCCGUAGUUCUCACCGAAGAACCUCAUAGCUAUGCGCAGGUCAGACCCGAUCACGAUGAGCACGGGAAUGGGCAAGACCCCGAUCCUACUCCCAAGAGUGAAUCUGCUCUUCUAUCAUCCCCACGUCGUGAACCGCGGCGACAAGACCAUCCAGCGUCUCAAGACGAAGAUUCAGACACGGACUACGAUGGCCCCGAUCGGGAUCGCCCCCGAGGGCGAAGCCGACGGCGAUUGCGUCGGUCAAGGUCUGCUGUGCACUCUUCAUCCUCCUCAUCCACCACCUCCGAGCACCACGAAAAUUUCAUAAAGCGAGUCUAUUCCAAGCUUCUACCCCUGUCCACCCUGCAGAAGAACAUAACCAAAUGCGUACUCGCUUAUUUCAUCGCCGAGCUCUUCACUUUCGUCCCCUUCCUCACCGAGUGGUUAGGCUCCCCUUGGGACGUCGAUGGACCCGUGCGCAACGCUCAUGUCGUCGCGACCGUAGCAGUUUACUUUUACCCUGCUCGAACGAUCGGGUCCAUGUUCGAAGCCGAUUGCUUCAUGUUUCUGGGAGCAAUGUACGCGACAUUCCUGUGCUGCGGAAGCAUGGCGAUGAGUGUGUGGCUCGAUUCGCUCGGUCAUGAGCAACUCGCGCAUGCGGUCGUCCUCAUCUUCUGGCUCGGUGGUGGCUACACCAUUUUGGCCUAUGCCAAGACGUCGGUCAACAAGGUCAGUCCGGGCCAUUCGCAGCCCAACUUGACGAGACGGGCUCGGCUCACUAACGUCCCUGUGCGUCUGAUCGCGAGAAGCCUUCAUUCACAACAGCAUGCUCUAUGGUCUCGCUCAUUACCUCAGUCAUGUGAGUUGUUCAUCGUUCUUUAUUGUUCAUCCAAGUAGGUCUGGCUGAGCAGCCCUUGCGCUCCUAAAGUAUUACCAAAGAAGGUGCUUUCCACAUUGGUCGCUUCCAGUCUCAAGCGAUCCUUCAGGUGCUCGUGAGUGUUCGAGGCUGGGUGCAUUUCCCAAGACUCUAACUUACAUGAACAAUCUCUUUUCUGGUGCAGCUAAUCGUUGCAUGUGGCUCAGGCAUCUCCAACGCCGUUUGCUUCCUGCUGUGGCCAAUGUCGGCCACAUCCAAACUGCAGGGCGACCUCAACAAGACCCUGGCUUCCUUUUCAACCUUGCUCGACAUGUUAACGAAGACAUUCUUACUUGAGUGAGUUGAUACACUGAUAUGAGAUCGCUGGGCUGCCAUGACAUCGAUUCGCCUCUCAUGUCCGCUGACAUCUUAAAAACCUCGCACGCGCAGCGAUGACAUCACGACCCGGCCCGUCGAUCUUGUCCGAGCUGUCGAUCAGCACCAAGCAUCCUUCACGACAUUGAAGUCCUCGCUCGCCCAAGCCAAAUUCGAGACAUUCGAUGCUCGCAUGUCAGCUACGACAGCCUCGUACGACGAGGUCGUGAGGAUCAUGACUCGACUAGCGCAAGGCUUGACGGGGAUGCGGGCGGGGUGUACCCUGCAGUACGAUCUGAUCAAAGCGAGAGCCGAUGGAAUCCUUGUGUUUGGGAAGGAUACGCGGGAGGCAAGUAGUCCCGAGGCGGAGGAAGCGAAAGGGUUGAUGGAGGAAUUGGUCGUGUUUGAGAAAUUCAAGGAGCGCGUUGGGCCUAGCUUGAAAACGUUGUCGGUAAGUUUCCCUGAGUCUACCAAGGCCCGCAUAUGAUCCUAACACGUCAUUGCUUCCGUGGUCACAGUCCUUGAGCCGUUCGGCCCUCUCACUUCUUCGCACCUCCUUCGUCCAAACCAAAGCUGGCUCAGCUACAAGGGAGGCGAUUCGAUCCGAUGAUCCCGAGACCGGUGCCCACCUCCUAUCCGCCGAUGACUUGCUCGCGCUUAAGCAAGAACUUGACUCGUCACUCGUUUUGUUCGAGCGCGAGCAUUCAAGAGCGAUCAAGAUCUUGUAUCGGUCGUUGCCGGCGCAGACGAUAUAUGGUCCGGGGGAGCUACAGAAGCAGCAGGAUGAGGAGACGCCUUUUAUUCGAGAACGUGUCGGAGGCCCAGAGAACGACGAGGAAGAAGGGCCGAACGAGAGUCUGUUCAGGGUGUACCAUUAGUGAGAAACCUUCCUGCCACGAGCUCCGGCAGGAAAAGGGGUUGCGGCUGAUCCACAUUGGUUCUUUGCUUUGGGUGCGCAGCUGUUUCAACGUCGAAGAGUGGGCCAAAGAGCUCUCGCAACUGAUUGAGAUCUUCGUCGAGAUUCGCACGACCGAAGAAAUAGUUGAACGCAAGGCCAUCGAAAGGCGGAGACGAUGGGGUCCCCUCGCUGGUGUUGCAGCGUGCCUCAGCAAGGUCGAGACGAGCACCCGGUCCCGACCAAAGAGAAGAGGGAGGCGCUCAGAAGUUGCGGAGAGCACAUCGAGUCGAAGUAGACGUUGGUGUGAGUGGUAACGCCGCUUUCUGCGUGCGUUGAUGUCGGACUGAAUGAAGCGAUCAAACCACUCCCAGAUUCUUGGCUCGCAACUCUCUCCGACCCUGGCAACGGCCCAUUCCCCGUCAUCGUGGAUGGAGCAUUGUCGUCUCACCAGUUCCCAUCGUCGCAACUCAGUCGUUUUGGCGCGUUCAAACAACGUCUCUGGAUUAUCGGCUAUCGUUUGCGCCAACCUUCUGUGAAAUUCGCCAUCAAGACCGGGGCUGGUGCCGCCUUGUUGGCAUCUGCAGCGUUUGUCCCCCAGCUUCGACCCGUAUGGAUCAGGUGGCGUGGCGAGUGGGCGCUCAUCUCGUACAUGGUCAUCAUGGCCCCUGUGGUGGGCGGAACGAAUUUUCUCGCAUUCGGUCGGGUGCUGGGCACGCUCGCGGGUGGUGUCCUUGCGGUGCUGUGCUACGUCAGCUUCCCUGAGAAUGCCAUCGCGUUGCCAUUGCUCGGGGCAUUGGUCUCGGUCCCAUGCUUUUACGUCAUCGUCACUCGGGUCAGUGUAACCCCUUAAAUAAUCUAGUUGUCGAACUACACUUAAAGCCUUCUCCUCGGAUUCACAGCCCCAAUUCGGACCCUCAAGUCGCUUUGUCCUACUCACCUUCAACUUGACCUGUCUUUACGCCUUCAACCUGCGGGAAGCCGACACUCAUCCCGGUUCCAUCGCGUUCCAUCGGACCGUAGCGGUCUCGGUCGGUGUCGUGUACGCAUUGAUCGUCAAUACUUAUGUUUGGCCGUGAGUCUUUCGUUCCUGGCUCGAUUGUAUGUAAGGGGCUAAAUCAACAGCGAGAUUUCAGGUUCGAGGCUCGACGAGAACUGCGCAAAGGCCUUUCAGAGUGAGUGUCUCGAUUUUUCCCACCUGUUUCCGCAAAGGCUGAUGGGAGUGUCGAGCGCCUCGCAGUUUCUUCUUGAACUCGGCUUAUCUGUACGAGCGAAUUGUCCGCACGUACUCUGUACCACCCCCUGCUCUGACUGCUCGGGCCAAUCACUCCCAUUUGCACCCGAUAUCGGAUGGGACCGUCGACGAGAGAACCUCGCUCAUCUCCACCGACGCUCAAGAGCAAUUGGAAGUGAACGAGAAUGAGUUUGUCGCCAUGGAAGUUCACUUGCAACUCUCGCUUAUCAAGGUGAGUUGCGGUGCCCUUCGACAGUCCGCUCGAAAGGGGCAACGAGCUCACGCCCGGCGAACACUCACAGCUCCAAGGACUGCUCUCGGCGACAUCCCAUGAACCUCGACUCAAGGGUCCGUUCCCUAUCGCUCCCUAUCAAACAAUCCUCUCUUCGUGUCAAACGAUAUUAGACCUGUUGACCUCAAUCCAACAAGUGACGAAUCGCGAAGCAUGGUUCACGACCGUCCGUCGUGACUUCGUCAUCCCCGCCAACCCCGAACGUCGCGAGAUGGUCGGCAACGUUCUUUUAUACUUCUCGCUUUUGGCCUCAGCAUCGACACUCAAGACGCCGAUGCCGCCUUUCCUCCCUCCAGCGAAGGAGGCUCGUGAACACUUGGUGAAAAGGUUGAGGAGUUUACCGGUGGUCAAGAGAAGGUUGGUGCGAGGCGGUAGUGAGGGUUUACUUUAUCUUGGGUAUGCUUUGACGAUGAAAGUGAGUCCUGUCAAAGACUUCUGACUCCAUCUUGAUACCGGUCACUGACGAUGGACCACGGUGCUUUGAUCCAGGACGUAAUUGCGCAACUCGAUCUCCUCGGAGCGACGUACCAGAGUCUCUUCGGUAUUAUUGGCGGUGCGACUUCAACCGCAUCAUUUGAGGCUCUUUUUACAGACGAACCUGUAGAUAGUGAGAGUAGACGUGACGAUAGUAGUGAUGAGGAGACUCCCAAUCCGGUUUGA